GAUUUUUCAUUUUAUUUAGUGUUAACGCAGUAGGCAACGCGUGCGCAUGUCUCAUUCAAUAAACGGCUCAGAUUCUUAGUCUUUUAAUUAAAAUGGAGUGGUUCACGACCGAUGAUGGGAAAUACAAGAUUGUAUCCUUAACAGCUGCGACAUUCCCCGGGGCCUUAGAUAUAAUCAGGGAGGAUUUUUGUCAAGAUGAGUCCGUGUGCAUUGGCACAGAGGUAAACAAGACUCCAUUGGCAGCAGAGGAAUUGUUGGAGCUGUGCGCUGAUGCUGCUAUAGAUGGAGCAUCUCUAGUAGCCGUUGCUGUUGACAGCGGAGAAGUUGCAGCAGUCGCUUUUAAUAAGCUACAGGUAUCGAGUUCAACUGAAAAACCUUUCUUCGAAAUAUUUGCAGAAGAACGUUGCACACAAACUUCCUCUCGUGCGCUAAUAGAAUUCAUGGCCGAGGUUGACGGAAGAUGUAAUUUCUUUGAAAAAUUCCAAGCGGAUUGCAGCUUAGAAAUCAUGUUUCUCGGAACACAACGUGCACAUAGAAACAGAAAACUUGGAACCAUUCUAUGCAAGUACUCGAUAGAAGUCGCGAAGAAACUGAAAACUGGUCCUGUUUCAUCCUUAACUUUAGAUGAUUUAGGACAAAAUUAUUCAAGCAUGAAGCCCCGUGAUAUUACGACAAAAUACCCAAAAUUCUGCCAAGCACUCUGGACGUCUAUUGCGACGCAAAAAAUAGGAAAAAAACUCGGCUUCACCGUACAUUUGCGCGUAUCGUUCGAACAGUUCACGUACAAUGGAAAAAGCUACGUCGAAAGGAUAGGAUAUGAUCCGUUCUGUGAAGCGGUUGCCAUGUCUCUUUAUUAAAACUAGUAGACUAUACUUUAUACAAAUAUUAUGUAAUAAAGACAAACAAUAUUUAAUUUAUUCUCAAUUUGACCACAGACUAUAAGCAAUAAGAAAAGAUUGAUAAUAAACAA